AUGGCCGAAGAAGAGACUACGGCAGAUGUGACCACAACCAAGGGCGCCAAUGUCCUCAGCCAAGACACCCAGGCUUUGAAUGUAUAUUUGAAAUUGAAGAGCCUUAAAACGGAAUUGGAUGCCGACACCAAGGAGUUUCUGAAGUCCAAGCUCAAUCUCGAGUUACCCGAGGCACCGGGUUUACCCACCACCAAAGCUGAAGCAAUUGCAUCGACAUAUGUUCACUCCAACUUCAUGGCAAAGACGGGUGGUGCUAUUGUUUAUCCGUCGGACAUGAGUGAGAGACAUUGGAACAUCGUCUUCAGAAACAAUUGUCUUCUACAUGGAAGCCUGACAAGCAUGUACGAGGUCGCUAUCAACAAGAGGGUCGAGCGAGCCGUCUACCCAGCGUUCCAACUGGCCAAACGUCAAUUCCAGGACUUUGAGACCUCUUUCGCUUCUGACAUUCCUCCCCCAAAGCAAAUGCUUCGCAUUCCUCGAUUCCGUAUUGAGGAUGACUCCUACGUCGAAAUGACUGAGACAUCCAAGUCUGUUGCGAAGGCCAUGGCAGAUAGCUCCAUGAGUGAAUAUGCAGCUGAAGUUGCCAUAGGUGGAGGCGCACUUGGUGUGAGUGCUGGAGUAAAGGGCGGAUACUCAUCCAACAGUUCCAAAUCGUCGGCCACUCAGAAUGACACCCAGACAAAGGUGUUGACGAUCACCUACAAUUUCCCCCGUGUGGUCAUAAACUUGGAUGAAAGCAGUCUGGAAUUGACCGAGGAAUGCAAAGCGGACAUCAACAACCUAGGCGAUACGCUGUCUCUGACCGAUUUCAACGAAAAAUAUGGCCACUUCUUCGCGACUCGGAUUGAACUCGGAGGGCGACUCCACUCGUCCGAGGACUGCACAAAGCUUCAGGAUUCAGAGAGAACAGAGAAAGCUAAGUCCAUGAAAGCAGCUGCAAGUCUUUCUUUCUCCUCUCCCUGGGUCCAGGCUUCUGCAAGUGCAAGUUACGGCUCAGCCUCCAACAGUAUGGAAGAGAACAAGACCAGCAAGAUGAACAUGACUAUGACCUGGGAGGCGAAGGGUGGAGACACACUGCUUUGCAACAAUCCGCCUCUCUGGUGCAACACAGUUGCGUCUUAUUACAACUGGCGCGUCGUUAAGCAAGAAUCUCUGAUACCAGUGACCGACCUGAUUAUGAAUCUGCCCGGUGGCUCUAUCCUCAAAGCCAAGAUUGAUGCCAUCAAGAACCCGUCCACCGGCGCGGGUAAGAUUGGUGGAGACAGAACAGGUACGUCGGACAAGACAAGCCUGCCAGUAAACCCGAAGACUCCUGUUGUAAACUCUGGAAAGACGGAGAAGCCCAAUCCUCCUGUCAAGCCGGACACGACUACUCAGUCCGGGAAGACGGAGAAGGUCCUGCCUCCGGUCAAGCCAGAAUCCACUACCCAGCGGGACAAGACUCCGCCCAUCAAGCCAGUUGUAACUGAAAAGCCAGGCACCACAGCACCUCCAAAGGUCAAGACGGUCAAGUCGAAAGUAUCUGUAUCCUUGAACCAAGGGUCCCGGUACUUGGCAGGUCUAAAUGAGAUGGGCGCGGCUGGCAGUGAGUGCAGUCAUCCUUCAACAUCUCGGAAAUCCGACACUGACAAAAGCGAAGUUGGUAUCCUCACGCACGAUCUUGACGGCCGCGGUUCCUACACUCCGGCCCAGCUGAAAUUCAUCGACGAUAUCGACACGUUUAGUAUGAUGAGCAGCGGCUGCUCAUUUGUCAACAACGCCACCGACCAGAAGUUCGAAAUCGUAGUUGAACACAACUCUAAUGAGAAGCCACUGCUCAAACGCAACGUCCCCUACCGCAUCUUCUCCAAGAAGGCCGAGAAAUGGCUCACCUCAACCCCAACCCUUCCGGGCUUCUACGACAAAUCCGUCCUUUACCUGGAGACCUCGGCGGCCAAGUCUGGCGAGGUGGCCACCUUCGCAUUUGAUUCACUCCGACACCGCUCCGUGAGUAACAUUGAAGAGGGAGACACGAUCUUCAUCCGGAUGUUUGAUAAAUCUGGACGCAGUCUCGGUGCGCUGACUGAUAUCUCGUCGAACAAUGGGGUAAUGUCUGGCGCUAUCGGUACUAAGGGUACUUCGGAGAAGUUGACCUUCUCGAUCAAGUAUGCCUAA